UGGGCUGCCCUGGUUCCGCGGCGUUCGGUUCCCGGCCCGGUGUCCCGGCGGGUUCGCAGUCGCGGGCCGGGGCGAGCGGCAGCGCGGGCUGCGGGCGGCGGCGGCUGCAGUCCCAGCGCGCACCGCUGGGUGGUGCCCUCGGCCAAGGCGGCGCCGAGCGGCUGCGGCAGCGGAGGCGGCCGAGCCCGGAGCGGCACAGCCCGAGCGAGCCCGGCCCGGCCCGGCCCGGCCCGGCCCAGCUUAGAGCAGCCCAGCGCAGCCGGGCGGAGGUGGCGGCGGCUGCGGCAGCGAGCGCUGCCCCGUGUCCCCCGCUGCCGGGACAGCCCGGCUGCAGAGGUUGCGGAGCGCCGGCCGCAAUCUGAGGCAGCGAGGGAAGGCGCCCGCGCCGCACUUGGCCGCUUGCUUUCGGCGGGGAAUCGCCCGGGACAGCCGCCCAGAGACCGACACCGGCCGCCGCCGCCGCCGCCGCCGCCGCCGCGCCAUGGCGCUCGCAAGGCAAGUGCUUUGUGUGUGUGCUUUGCUGUCGCUGCCGCUCGCUCGCGCCGAGCCCAUCCGCUACUCCGUGGCCGAGGAGGCGGAAAGCGGCUCCCUGGUGGGCAAGCUGGCGGAGGAUGCGGGGCUGCCGCCGGCGCAGCUCUCGGCUCGCCGCGCCCGCCUGGUGUCGGAGGACGGCCGGCAGCAUUUUCGCUUGGAGCGCGCCUCCGGCCGCCUGCUGGUGGCGGGGAGGCUGGACCGGGAGCAGCUGUGCGGCCAGUCCGCCACCUGCAUGCUCCCCUUCGAGCUGCUGCUCUCCGGCCCCCUGCAGUUCUUUCGGGUCGAGGUGACUCUGGAGGACAUCAACGACCAUUCACCUAUUUUCCGAGAAGACCGAGUCACUUUUAGGAUCCCUGAAAAGAGCGAGCCGGGCUCUCGUUUCCCUUUGGAGGUGGCUCGGGACCUCGAUGUUGGCAGGAACACAAUCCAGGAGUACAGCAUCUCUCCCAAGAAUGAGUAUUUUACUGUCUCCUAUGGGACUGGGGUUACAGGCAAGAAGUAUCUUGAACUUGUUUUGGAAAAGCCACUAGACAGAGAGGAGCAGGCAGAGAUGAGUUUCAAUGUUAUUGCCGUGGAUGGGGGCUCUCCUCCCCGGACUGGUACCACCCAAGUGACUAUAGUCAUUCUGGAUGUAAAUGACAAUGCUCCUAUAUUCUCACAGGAGGUGUACACAGGGCAGGUUUUGGAGAACAUGCCAGAAGGCUCUGUGGUUCUGACUGUGCUGGCAACUGAUCCAGAUGCAGGAGUUAAUGGGGACAUCUCCUAUCAACUCAAUGAAGUGGUUGGUGACAGUGACUCAGCAUUUGUGAUUGAUGCCAUAACUGGUGAAAUUAAACUCACAAAACCUCUGGACUUUGAGGCAGCCAACGCUCAUGAGCUCAGUGUGAGAGCCACAGAUGGAGGGGGCCUGUCAGCAAUCUGUAAGGUGUUGGUGGAGGUGGUGGAUGUGAAUGACAAUGCCCCAGAGGUGGUGGUCAGUUCCUUCAGCAGUCCCCUCCCCGAGAACACAGUGCCCGGCACGGUGGUUGCCCUGUUUACGGUCAGGGACCGGGAUUCUGGUGCCAACGGGAAGAUCUCCUGUGCCCUGGAGGAUGAGCUGUCCUUCUCCCUGCGGGCAGCCUAUAAGAAUUACUAUGAGCUGGUGACAGUGAGCGCGCUGGACCGGGAGGAGAGGCCUCAGUACAUCGUGAGUGUGACGGCAGCAGAUGCGGGCUGGCCUCCUCUGAGCACCACGCAGACCUUCACCGUGGAGAUCUCGGAUGUCAACGACAACGCCCCCGUCUUCAACCAGAGCUCCUACACCAUGUACGUGCGUGAGAACAGUGUGGCCGCGGUGUUUGUUGGCGCCGUGAGCGCUGCAGAUGCUGACGUGGGGCUGAAUGGCAAGGUGAGCUAUUCCCUGGCAGCAGAGCAAGGGGCGGAGCGGCCCUGGUGCUCCUGCCUGUCUGUGGACUCGGAGAAGGGGCACGUGUUUGUGCUGCGGCCCCUGGACUACGAGCACUUGAGGCAGACGGAGGUGACGGUCAGUGCCUCUGACGCGGGCUCUCCUCCCCUGCGAGCCAACGUCACCGUCCGCCUGGUCGUGCUGGACGAGAAUGACAACGCCCCGCUCGUGCUGUACCCAGCCCAGGAGAGCAGCCCAGGCUCCAGCGAGCUGGUGCCCGUGUGGGCCGAGGCGGGCUACCUGGUCAGCAAAGUGGUGGCCGUGGAUGCGGACUCGGGCCAGAACUCCUGGCUCUCGUUCCAGCUGCUGAGGGCCAGCGAGCCAGGGCUGUUCUCCGUGGGCCUGCAAAGCGGGGAGGUGCGUCUGAGGAGGCCGGUGACAGAGAGAGACAGCGUGAAGCAGAAGCUGGUUGUGCUGGUGAGAGACAACGGCAAGCCCCCGCUGUCAGCCACGGCAGCUCUGAGCGCUCUCCUGCUCAAGGACUUCUCAGAGGUGCGCCUGCCGCACAGCAGCCCGGCCUCCGAGGACCAGGGCGGCUCCCUGACCACCUAUUUGAUCAUUGCCUUGGUCUUUGUCUCACUGCUCUUCCUCGUCUCCAUCGCUGUCUUGGUGGCUCGCAAGGUGUGCGGGAGGCAGGAGCUGAAGGCUGGCCCUGUGCUUUAUGCUGCCGACACCUUGCAGAGCGGCCUGGCCGAUGCAGCCGCUGCAGGGACCCUGCCCCGCGCCUAUUGCUACGAGAUCAGCCUGACCACGGGCUCGGGCAACAGCGAGUUCAAAUUCCUCAAGCCCAUCGUGCCCAGCCUGCCCCCUCAGCACUGCGCCGUGGGCCAGGGCCCGGAUGAGGAACAGGAUUUCCCCAGUGUCCCUGUCAGCAGCGAGGACAUGGCCCCAGACACUGCUGGGGCUCUCUCUGCAGGACAGUUCAACGCUCUUUCCUUUAACUAGCUGGGUCUGCACAGCCAGAGUGUUCUUGGUUCUUGGGAGGACGAUAUCCAUGCUGCAGCAUGUUGCAGUGGUACUUCUGGACUAAAUUUGUAUUUUCAAUUGGUGUAAUCAACUUCCUGCAAAUUCUAAGUCAGAAUAAAAAUCGUCUGCUACUCCAAAAUACAAACAACAAACAAAAGAAACUCAGGUUCUUGCACUGAGGCAAUAGGGUGUUUUAGCCGUUAUGGUCAUUUCUGGUAGGGUUCAAGCAUGCUAGUACUCCAGCUAUGCUUUUUUGUCUCUUUCUGUCCAACAAGACGGUGAAGCUUUUCCGUCCUUAGAUACAAGGGCACUGUUUGGCAGACUAUGCCAGAUCUCCUCCUUCAUAAAAUUCAGAAAACCCCUUUGCCAGCCCUUGAAUGCAAAUAUUUUGGGAGCACAGUGUCAAGAUGUUGUGUGAGGACUGGGCUCUUUCCUCCCUGUAUUCUGAAUGCCUCUGUCUGAGAUGUGUGGGUUCCAUGUGCUUUGCUUUCCUGUCAGUCAAUAUAGCCACUGUGUGUCUCCAUAUGAUUCACUAGUGCUGCCUGGUGGUGCUGCUCCCAUCCAACCUUUGCAAUGCAGGCAAUUGCAGCUCAGCUGGCAAGAAGAGUAUUCUGACCCUCUUAAUACAGGAGUCUCAUUCUCUCCAGGACAGAGAAGAGCAGUAAAAUGUAUGACAAAAUAUUCUUUUUGCCCUAUAAAGCAGUGCUCCGUCUUCUGUCUCCUUGAAAUACAGAAAUAUAACAGCACAAAUACUGUAACUGUACAGAGUUUUGAAAAACAUUCAUUUCUAUUGGCUAUAUUUGAUGAAAAUUCUAUAAGUCCUUCAUAGAGCAUUUUCUGAAGGCUAGAAUCAGCAUGAAAUAGUAAAAAGGAGAUUGAUGCUGGUCUUUUUAUUGUUCCUGUACACAGUGGUUUCUUGUUGGGAGUAAAAAGUUGUCCCCACAUGAUUUUCUCCAUUUGUGUCAGAGCAUUUUCAUUCUCCUUUUUUCCCUUUCUCCUGCUACUCUCUGAACUGGGUUUGAGCAUUGUCUUUCCUUUUCUGCUUAAGGGCUGCCACCCCAUGUAUAAUAACUGAUUACUUGAAUGAUGUCUGUGAUGCAUGGAAUAUUCAGAAAGCCUCACACUGUGUUUUGUUGAAGUUAUAAAGUUUAACAUUUUGAAUUUGGAUACCCUUAGGUGUAAAACUGAAAUAAAAAAAGCACCUGAAUGCA